GUCUACAGUGAGCUCUCCUCAGGUUUAACUGCAGGGGUUUGAUGGAAUUCAUCAUUGUGGGCUCCUGCAGAUGUGAGGGUCUUUCUCCUUCAGUGGAUUCUCCCAAACCCUCUGCUGCUUGCCAGGAGUAGGGGGUGUGUGUGGCACUGCUGCAUUCCCUCCCAGGCAGUGGGGCAGUGCUGGUGAGCUGGGUCUGUUUGCUGACUGAACCAGGAUCUUUCUGAAGAAGCUUGAAGAUGAAAUUGCGGAGAAUUUCUGCCUGAAGCAAGGGAUGUUUCCCGUGUUUAAGACAAGCAGCAACCUGCAGUCAGGAGGAAGAAGGGGCUGAAUUCACUCCAGAAGUAUUUCUCUGAGAUUAUUUUUUUUUUUCCUGAGGCACUUCAAAAGAAGAAUGUGAGGAGAAGACAAGAGGGUCCCAAGAGGCUCUGCUGUCAGUGUCUGUCGUUUUCCGUAGAACAAGAAUCUGAGGCUUCUCCACGCCGCCGAGCGCUUCUGUGUCCCAUCUGCUACCACACCCUGAAAUCAAACUCGGCAGCUUGGGUGAACCAGGCACUGUACAAACAUGUCAGACUUGCCUCCACCCCUUUUUCCUCUCCCGUUGCCUCCUGCUGGCUUUUCCUCUCGGGUUGAUCAGUGUGUCAGCGGAUUCCGGCGGCGGAGGAGCAUUCCCAUUCCCACCUCACCCCUGGUGACGGAGCAAUGAGGAGUCAGGGGGAUGGUUCUGAAAGGGAAGAAACCCCAGGAGCUGGAUUUCCUUGGGAAGGAGUUUACUUCAUCUUUACUCCUAUAGCCCAGCAACACCGUCCUCCAAUCGGCUUUGCUGCAUGACAGUGGGAGAGUUUCCCUCCAGACCCUUCUUUCUGCUUUCACUUGGACUUGUCCUCUACCAGCGUUUCUGCAGCAGGAAUACCAGUGGCAACCAGCGUGUGCAGCUCCAGAGGGCAGCCCUGAUGCCUCUUUGAUGUGCUUGGGGACAGAGGACUGAAAAAGCAAAAGCAGAAGCAAAGUUUGUGGCUGGCACCAUGUUCCGCAAGAAGAAGAAGAAACGCCCGGAGAUCUCGGCUCCGCAGAACUUCGAGCACCGUGUCCACACUUCCUUUGACCCAAAGGAGGGCAAAUUCGUGGGCCUGCCCCCACAAUGGCAGAAUAUUCUGGACACACUGAGGCGUCCCAAGCCAGUGGUCGACCCUUCCAGGAUCACAAGGAUGCAACUCCAGCCUAUGAAGACCGUGGUGAGGGGCAGCACGGUGGAAGUGGAAGGCUACAUCUCUGGGAUCCUCAACGACAUCCAGAAGCUUUCUGCCAUCAGUUCUAAUACCCUGAGGGGAAGGAGCCCCACCAGCAGGAGAAGAGCACAGUCCCUCGGGCUCUUGGGUGAAGAGAGACCUCCAGACAUGUAUCUUCAGAGUCCCGAAGCUGACUGGGCAGACAAAUAUGGAAACUACCUCAACUGCAACGGUGGGACCAAGGUGACCCGCAGGCAGACUAUGUGGCCAGAUUACAAACCCCGCCUGGAAGGACAGUCUCACCCCAAUGGUAUGGUCAUGAAAGCACAGUCCCUCGGGCCUUCAGAGUUCCAGAGUGCUGAUGGCAGCUGCCUCCAGCGUGCCUCUGCUCUGCAGCACAUGCCGGCGCUGCCUGGGGAGAGUGACAAGAUGGGAAAGAGAAACUCAGAAGAGUGCUGGCCUCAGCCUUGUCUCCUACGACAGACAAACUCCAGGCCCUCAGGGGAGGGCAGCCCCAGCUCCAAGUCAAGGGAGAACAGCUUGAAGAGGAGGCUGCUGCGCAGUGUGUUCCCCUCAUCUGGCAGCUCAAACAAGUUGGGUCCUUCCCUGCAGAUGAAGCCUAAUGCUUUCUUCAGGCCCCAGCAGUGGGGUUCACCACGCAGCCCUGCAGCCAAAGCCCUGUCUCUUCCAUCAGACCAGCCUGCAUCUGAUUUCCCCAGGAUGACCUCAGAAGCUGGAACCCCCCAGAAGUCCCCAACGGUGGAGAAGGUGGCUGCAGUGCCACCAGGCAGGCCGUCACCGGCAGGUUCACCCAGGAACCGGCAGACUCAGACCAGUUCUAGCAACCUUCACCUUCCUCAGGACUCUUCUGUGAAAGGGCAGCUGGCCAGUGAAGACCCAGUGGUUGUGACUCAUGAGCAGUUCAAAGCUGCCCUUAGGAUGGUUGUGGACCAGGGGGAUCCCCGGUCGAUGCUGGAGAACUAUGUAAAGAUUGGUGAAGGGUCCACAGGCAUCGUCUGCAUCGCUCGAGAGAAGCACUCGGGGAGGCAGGUGGCAGUGAAAAUGAUGGACCUGAGGAAGCAGCAGCGCAGGGAGCUCCUGUUUAAUGAGGUGGUGAUAAUGAGGGACUAUCAACAUGUCAAUGUGGUGGAGAUGUACAAGAGCUAUCUAGUGGGAGAGGAACUCUGGGUGCUGAUGGAAUUCCUACAGGGGGGAGCCCUCACAGACAUUGUGUCUCAGAUCAGGCUAAAUGAAGAGCAAAUUGCAACAGUGUGUGAAUCAGUGCUGCAGGCUCUGACCUAUCUUCACUCUCAGGGGGUCAUUCACCGAGACAUUAAGAGCGACUCCAUUCUUCUGACGCUGGAUGGGAGGGUCAAACUCUCAGAUUUUGGCUUCUGUGCUCAGAUCAGUAAAGAUGUACCCAAAAGGAAGUCCCUAGUAGGUACUCCUUACUGGAUGGCUCCAGAAGUUAUUGCAAGGAUACCAUACACUACUGAGGUGGAUAUCUGGUCUCUGGGGAUCAUGGUGAUAGAGAUGGUGGAUGGAGAACCCCCAUAUUUUAGUGACUCACCAGUCCAAGCAAUGAAGAGACUCCGUGACAGUCCUCCUCCCAAGCUGAAAAACUUCCACAGGACCUCCCCAGUUCUGAGAGACUUUUUGGAAAGGAUGCUGACCCGGGAUCCACUGGAAAGAGCAACGGCACAAGAACUUCUGGACCACCCCUUUCUGCUCCAGACAGGACUUCCAGAGUGCCUGGUGCCCCUCAUCCAGCAGUACAGGAAGCGCACCUCCACCUGCUGACUUCAAGGACAGAUGCUAGAAAAGAGAAACGUUUCUAGAAACCCCAAACAUAUCAGGAGACCAGGAGUCUCCUCCUGUGAAUGGUGCUUGGAACUUGGCAGCAAUCGUUUUAGAAGAUGGCUGUGACACUGUCCUGGCAUUCUCAGCCUUUUGUGGCGUCUUUUGCUGAAGACAAUCAACACACACCAGAUCCAAGAAAGGAUAUCUCAAGAGUAAAGCAGGUGUCUCGUGGCUUGUGGAUCACUUCUUCCAACAAAUGGAGCCUGAAGUUGUGUAUCUGAAUGUCUGCAAGUUUCUGCAAACCUUGGCUGCUGUCUACUGAACUGGAACAAUAUUUCCCAACUAGAAAUGUGAUCUUCACCUCCUUAGCUGUCCACUGGAGUCUUGAGCUGACCCAAAUGUAUGUUUUGGGGAACAGAUCCCUCUAAACUCUCAAACAAUGCACAAAGACUCAACAUAUUUUUCCCCCCCUUGAGACUUUUUCCCAGAUGAUUUUAACUUCCUUUGGUGAAAGGCAGACCUAGAAAGCUGUAGGUCCUUUCCCAGGGAGCAGAUGUGAUGUGUACAUACUUGUUUCUAAGUGGCUCUCUUGCAUCAACAUGCUUCUCUCUUGCUGAGGAAUAUCUAUGGUUUAGUGGUCAAUCUUGAAUCCAUUUCAUGAUCUUGAACUUUUGGAAGGGGAAACCUUUGGAUCCAGGCCUUGAAACAGACUCUGUGACGAAGGUGUUCUUGCCAUCAGGAUCUUGUGGUUGAAUAUUCACCAUCUGCAACACCUCCAGUGCUGGCUCCAGGGUCUGUGACAGCUUGUUCCUGUGUUUGGUUCCCAAGCACCUUUCUUUCCAAGUGGCUGAGAAGGUGCUGUCCUGAAACAAAUGUUGGUUAACACUUUGAGGAUGCUCUAGGAGACUGAGUGAGCAGGUUUCAGCUGUCCUGAAAGUCCCAGGACAGAGUUUUGUGUCCAUGUGAGGUGUUUUGUUGAGCCUCUAUCACCUCCCCUGCUUCCUACAGGGGAGAAGGGAAACUCUGGAUGUGUGUUUCAUUGUUGGUGUGCCCUUCCCCACCAUCCCUUUGCUGAUAGACUCAGAAGGUUACUGGUUGUCUCAACAGCUCUGUCAGAUGUUUGCCAAUAGAUUUAGCUCUGUUGUAUGAUACGCCUCCCGAUCGUGAGAUAGCUAAGGGUCUCUGGGUCAGGAUGUGAUGUUGUACAGUAAUGCUGUGUGUUGUGGUGAGGUCUCCAGAUAUAAUCUUACAUGUGGAACUGGGAUCAUGUUUGGAAACUCCAGAUACAAAUUCAUUGGGAUUGAAGUUGGUCUUGGGCCAGUCCCACUGUCUUGGAAACUAACCUCAGAACUGCAUUUUCUUCAGGAGAUGUCAAUCAGCUCUGUCCUCUGCUAUUUACUCCAGUUACAGAUCCUUGCUUCAAAAUUGAAGCCACAGUUGAUUACUUGAAGUAAUUUGGGAUGGAAUUCAUCUGCACUGAUGCCAGCCAUCAAAUGGUGGGCACCCAGUCUGCAAAGGGUUUAGGUUGGCUUUGUAGACCCAGGUGAGAGGAACACCUCUAGAAGGGCAUUCACCUCCCUUCUGUCAGACACCUGCUGAAGGGUGACUUGGUUGUCCCUCGACAGCACCCUGCCUGUGGCCAGGAGAAGGAUGGCAGAUGGUGUGCCAGGGCUGGCUGUCUAAGUUUGGGGCUGAUGAAGUUGACUGAAAUGAAUUUGUUUAGCUCCUCUUUAGCUGCACUGGAAAAUUUUUUGAUGUAAAAUGUUUCUGUAUUCCAGAUAUUCUGCUUUUUUAUGCAAAGGAGCAGGGCUUGGAGAAGAUUUCUAAUUUGAGACAAACGAGCCUGCUCGUCUGUACUUGUGAAUCCUUUGCACUUGUGUUUUAAAUUAAAGUAGAUCUUGAUUUAUUCAUAAGCCUUUUGCGCUGCUGGGAUGCUUGAAACGAUCUCUGUAGCUCAGAGAUGGAAGGGAUGGGUGGACCUUGAAGUCUGGUCUGACUCCUCUGUUCUGGGGCUGUGUGGCUUGCAAAGGAAGAAUAGACCAGACCAGAGCCUGGAUGCUGGAACAAACAUUUCUCAGAGAUCACAGAACCACAGAAUGGAAGGGACCUUAAAGAGCAUCUAGUUCCAAGACCCCUGCCAUGGGCAGGGACACCUUCCACUGCUCCAGGUUGGUCAAGGCU